AUGAAUGUUGUUGAAGGAUCUAAUCCAAUAAGAUUCAUGAUUUUAUCAAUGUUUGGCAUUCAUCAAGAUCCGAUGCUGGACUCUGUAGCCCCACUAUCCCCUUCAAUUCAGAAUCCGCCUGUAAAGGAAGAGGUUCAAAGAAAGUCUCAUGCAGUGCCGACUGUGUCCUUGACUCUCACUCUCAUGAAUCAGAUAGUGCCAUAUGUCCCAAUAUUGGCUCCAUCUUUGCCUGGGGUGUACAUCAGGCUCGUGUACUAG